GUCACAUGGAAGCACAGUAGCUGAGCCGAGGGGAUGCGAGUAGAGAUGGAGGGGGCUUGAGGGACUGUGGAGGAGAAACCUGGCACUUGGAGAUAAUAUUUGGAGAUACAGCGGCGGCGGCGGCGGCGGCAGCAACAACAAGAGGAGAGGCAGGUUAGACACUUCCCAGCCUCCCUUCUGGCUGGCUGGGGGAGCAAGAGGAGCGCGGACAGGGGCGCACAAGGGGGUCAGCGGGCGCUCGGAGGAUGCCACAUGCAAUAUGCUGCAUUCCUGUUUGGUGAAGCCCCGAGAAGAGAGGCAGGAGAAGAGUUACCGCCUUUGAUUGAUUAUGCUCGCGGGGAGCGAACGGUCCGAGUGGAAGCAGAAACUGAAGGAAGCGACCGGGGUCGAUGCUGCGCCUCCCCAAAUCUCUGAGCUGAAUCCCAGUGAGACCGUGGCACUUCCCUGCGUGCAUGAGUGUAAGGGUGUGAGUGUGAGUGUGUGAGAGCAAGUGAGCGCCAGCGCUCCCACAUGGCCUCCAUGCAGGACGGGCUGAACUUCACGGCUCCUCCCUACGGCAAGGUCCUGCUGCUGGGUGCUAUCGCUGCUGCCUCAGCCUUUGUUGUUACAAUCCUCAUCGUGGUGCUCUGCGUGGGCUGCCAGAGGAAGGGAAAGACACACAAUGUCCCCGGCGAAGGUGGAAAACACCGUCUCAUGGACAUGGGUAUACUCAGGCAGUCGAAGCUGCGGUCCAUCAGUAAAUCAGACACCGAGAUGAACAAGAUGAACUGCAAUGGCAAAAAGGCAUCUAAAAAGAAACGUCCAGCCAGCAUGGACCUUCUGCUGCUGCCCAGCCGCCGGUCUAACUCUGACCUUCGUUCUCAAGGCAGGCAGCUUCCCCAGAUCCCUUCUGGGACUGGAGAGGACGGAGAGCACACUUACUCUGAAGUGGGCCGACGCUCCUCCACCACACGUACUGACGAUGCCCUCUACGCCAUGGUAGGCAGGGCCGGGCAGACGGACACUCCGGCCCCUCCGGCCGUACCUGCCAACACCCCAGCGCCCCCGGACCCGGACGGCGACGUGGAGGGAGGGCUGCCCGAACCCGAGGCCCAGGUCAUGUCUCCCCCUCACCCUCCGGAGACAGCCGAGUACGCCUGCGUCAGGAAGUUGAGGAAGGCCGACAAGGCGCCCCAAAAGAGGGACAGUGGGACGGAUAUGGGGGAGCCGCCGGCGCCGCCUCCACGGCAUGCCCCGCCGUCGCACCCCGCCCCUCCUCCGCCACACCCUCACAGCACAAAGUUGCCCCGUAGAAACGUGGAGGCCUUUAACGUCCCAUCAUUCCCAAAGGAAGUGAUGUUUAUGGGCAACGGAGAGCAGUACAUCUGGAAGCCUCCAGAGGAUGAUGACAUGCUCAUGCUGCAAAAUAAAGCCCUGGGCCCAUUGGGUGCUCACACAGUGGAGAAUAUACAACCGUCUGCUGCUGCGGUGGCUGAGAUGUACUCGAAGGUGUGUAAACCUGGAAAGAAGAAGAGAGCUGUGCCGGGGUCUCCCCCUGCCAAUCCUGGUUUCCGGACCUUGGGUCGUGGUGACCGGGACCGAGACCGGGACGGGGGGUUUAGUGUAGUGGUCAAACCCCAGACCUGGGCUCCUCAGGAGGGCAAAGCAGUUGGAGGGCCCCUCGACGACCACUGCUACGAGUCCAUCGGGACAGAGGAGUGCGAUCCAGCCUAUGAGAACAUGGAAGGCGGAGGCGGCUGGAAGCGAGAGAGGCCCCCCAACACGUGCGCCACCCUGCGGCCGAGGAGGAAGAAGGCCCAGCAGCCCUUGCAGCAGCAGCAGCCCCCUCCGCCACCGCCGACGCAGCAGACCCCCAAGUUACAGCACCUGCCUGCCAAAGCCCUGCUGCUGCCGGGGGAGAACCUGUACGAGAGCAUCGGCGACCUGAAGCAGGGCUCCGCCACCUCCAGCACCACCACCAUUUUCACUUUCAACGACGGCAUGGAGAUGUAUGUAACAGGGCUCUGAGGCGGCAGCUGCACUGUGACCCCCUAUCCUUCCAACACAAGGAGCUGAGCUAACACCACAAGGAGUGACGGCUGAGCCCCUGUCAUGCUCACCCACACAUACUGUUUACAUUCAAGUCAUAACGUCAUGCCUUUCACAGGCUCCAGAGGCCUUGGGGCAGUAAUGUUGAUCUGUUAUGACCUGGGCUGAAUAUAAAGUCCAAUCUAUAAACCUUAUAAGGAAUCCAAAGGUAGUAAAUAAUAAAUGAGCACAAGACCAUCACAGAGCAAUCUGUUGAUAACAGUAGCACUUCUAUUUUACUGAUACAUAUGUGCAAAGCACAAUAAAGUAAAAAGCCUAAAUUCUUCCUCAAUUCUAGCGGGUAAAAAUAGUCAUUUAUCUGGUCCUAGCAGGACUCGUAUUUGGGGAAAAAGGCACAGCAUUGUGUGAAAUCUUUGGUAGCACUUAGUCUGUCAUGAACAGGCCUUCCCUGUAGUUGGUCAAGAUGUGAUUCAGGACGGAAUUCAAAUGAUAUAAAGGAAUGAAUUACUAAUCAAAAAUACUUGAAAGCUCAGGGACCAAGAGAAACGAUUAUGAGAGUAUUAUAACAAAAAUUGCACACAUUUUGCAUUCCUCCUAAAGGCUUCAACUAAUUUUGACCAUUGUCAUAUUUUGAAAACACAAAACAAAAAAAACCAACAACCAGAUACUUCCCUCUGUCAUGUUUUGUUUCAUCUCACAUGGACUGAACACUGUCUCCACUGCCGUCUGUAAAUGAAGUGUUUUACUUUGUUGAUCCUGUUUCUGCACUUUGCCUGCUACAAGUUGCAUGCUAAAAAAAAAAAGUGGAAAAAAAAACACAAAAAAUCAAGCACUGUCAUGUGGUACCUCUAUAUGAAUGUUUUUCUUUUCUCUUGUCGUUGGUUGUUUAUUUAUUUUUUUCUUCAGUGUGUUGCUUUAUUUCUCUGUAGAGCACAAGGCCAGUUAGGUGAAGGAUGUCGUUGGCUCGGUGGGACUCUGUGCAGCAGAGAGGAGUGUUAAUUUUCUCUCCUCCUGCGCCGGCAACACACAAACACACACACACACACACACGUGGUACAGAUAAAACAAGACUAAAGAGAACUGCUCGAGUCCUAAAUGUGGAGACAGUCCACUCCCCACACCCUCCACAAACACACCCUCCCUCCACGUCCCCCCUACACCCACACCUAACCCUCCCCUCUGCUCAGUCCUCACUCAUAUCUGUGGACCGUUCAUCUACAUAGUCCCCUGCCUUGUGGUCAUAUGAAUCUGCUUGGGUUUCAUCAUAGUGCAGCUUGGAAAGCUACAGUAGAACUGAUGUGUAUUAGCAAAUGUCAUGUCUCGCCAUCACUCCAUCGACGAACGCUCUCUCUCUCUCUCUCUCUGUUAUCAGUGUUAAAAAUAUUGCAGAAAUGUGAAGCAAAAGGGUCCGCUAAGCAGCAGAGCAUCACCGUGAGGAUAACACACACACACACACACACACACACACACAUGCAAAAUUACAUCCAAAUCCUGGACAAUAUAACUGAGUUAAUGAGUUCAUUUGACCAAAUAUCCCCAGCAAACAAUGUGAUUAUACUGUAUGUUGAUGCAACGUGUAUGUACAUUACAAAAGAGAAAGAAUAAUAAAUAUAUCAUCAGUGUCAAGAAAUCUAUCUUUUUCUAUUAUGUUUAAUUGUGUUUUGGAAUGAUCUUAUCUUGUGACACAAAACUGCAAAAAUCAGCUGCAAUGUAAAUUUCAGUGUAUUUCUGUUUGUUGUUUUUUGAAGCCAUGAAGCUACGGUGUGUUUUUGGAAAAACCCAGCUAAGUUAAAUGUGGCAGCUAAUGUUGUGUGUUUGCUAUUCAGACUACAGGGUCUUGUACUCGAAAAAGCGUGUAAUUAAGUGCUAAGUGCAAAAGAUUGUAAUGUUUUAUAUCAAGAUUACUAUUCAUGAAAUGUCAGUCAAGUUUAUACUUUUGUAAUAAAGUGGCACUUUAAAAAAAA